AUGGAACUUAAAAUCUUUUCUGGAGAUAUCCAUUUUCCGAGGGCGACAGAUAAGAUAUCCCGAUACAGUGGUAUCUUGAUACCACCAGGAACGGUAAAAACAAAUUCUAAGGAGUCAAAAAAGGUGAAAAAUUGGAUCUAUGUCCAACGGAUCACACCUACCAAGAAAAAGUCUUUUGUUUUGGUUCGACCAGUACUCAUAUAUGAAAAAGGGGACGGUAUAAAUUUAGAAAGACUUUUUCCCCCGGAUUUAUUGAAGGAAAAAGAUAAUCUGAAACUUCGAGUUGUCAAUUAUAUUCUUUAUGGAAAUGGUAAACCAAUUCAGGGAAUUUCUAACACAAGUAUUCAAUUAGUUCGUACUUGUUUAGUGUUGAAUUGGAACCAAGACAAAAAAAGUUCUUCUAUCGAAGAGGCUCGUGUUUAUUUUGUUGAAGUAAGUAUAAAUGGUCUGAUUCGUGAUUUCCUAAGAAUCCACUUAGGGAAAUCCCGCAUUUCCUAUAUCAGCAGAAAAAGGAACGAUCCAUCAGGUUCGGGAUUGAUCUCUGAUAAUGGGCCAGAUCGCACCAAUAUUAAUCCAUUUUAUUCCAAGACAAAGAUUCCACAAUCACUUAAACAAAAUAAAGGAACUAUUAGUACGUUGUUGAAUAGAAAUAUGGAAUGUCAAUCUUUGAUAAGUUUGUCAUCAUCUAAUUGUUUUCGAAUGGAUCUAUCCAAUGGUGUAAAAUAUUAUAAUGUAAUAAAAGAAUUAACUAAAAGAGAUCCUAUAAUUCCAAUUAGGAAUUUGUUGGGCCCUUUAGGAACAGCCCCUCAAAUUGAGAAUUUUGAUUCAUUUUACCAUUUACUAACUCAUAAUCAGAUCUCGGUAAUUAAAUAUUUGAAACUUGACAAUUUCAAAUUAAAACAGACUUUCAAAGUACUUAAAUAUUAUUUAAUGGAUGAGAACGGUAGAAUUGUUAAUCACGAUCCGUGCAGUAACAGCGUUUUGAAUCCAUUCAAAUUGAAUUGGUAUUUUCUCCAUCAUAAUUAUCAUCAUAAUUUUUGUGAAGAAAGAUUCACAAUAAUUAACCUGGGACAGUUUAUUUGUGAAAAUGUAUGUAUGGCAAAAAAUGGAUCACGCCUAAAAUCAGGUCAAGUUAUAAUUGUUCACGCCGACUCUGUAAUACUAAGAUUGGCUAAGCCCUAUUUGGCCACUCCAGGAGCAACUGUUCAUGGCCAUUAUGGGGAAAUUCUUUACGAAGGAGAUACAUUAGUUACAUUUAUAUAUGAAAAAUCGAGAUCUGGUGAUAUAACGCAGGGUCUUCCAAAAGUGGAACAAGUGUUAGAAGUGCGCUCAAUUGAUUCAAUAUCGAUAAACCUAGAAAAGAGAGUGGAGAGUUGGAACGAGUGUAUAACAAGAAUUGUUGGAAUUCCUUGGGGAUUCUUGAUUGGUGCUGAGCUAACUAUAGUGCAAAGUCGUAUUUCCUUGGUUAAUAAGAUCCAAAAGGUUUAUCGAUCCCAGGGGGUGCAGAUCCAUAAUAGGCAUAUAGAAAUUAUUGUACGCCAAAUAACAUCAAAAGUCUUGGUUUCAGAAGAUGGAAUGUCUAAUGUUUUUUCACCCGGAGAACUAAUUGGAUUGUUGCGAGCGGAACGAGCGGUGCGCGCUUUGGAAGAAGCGAUCUGUUACCGAACCAUAUUCUUGGGAAUAACGAGAGCAUCUCUGAGUACUCAAAGUUUCAUAUCCGAGGCGAGUUUUCAAGAAACUGCUCGCGUUUUAGCAAAAGCUGCUCUCCGCGGUCGUAUCGAUUGGUUGAAAGGCCUAAAAGAAAACGUCGUUCUAGGUGGUAUGAUACCCGUUGGUACCGGAUUCAAAGGAUUAGCGCACCGCUCAAGGCAACAUAAGAUAAUUCCUACCAAAAAGAAGAAUUUAUUCGAGGGGGAAAUGAGAGAUAUUUUGUUUCACCACAGAGAGUUAUUUGAUUCUUGCAUUUCAAAAAAUUUCUAUAAUAUAUCAGAACAAUCAUUUAUAGGAUUUAAUGAUUCCUAA